UAGUGUACCCGGUCAGAAAUCCACAGUUGCACGAACCAACACCAAGACUAACAAUCAACGAUGACGAUCACGAUGUCCAAGACCCCUACGUUUGAAGAGAUCACAAGCUGCCAGCGCGUCCUCUUCGAAUGGGCCGACAGCUACGACACGAAAGACUGGGAACGUCUGCGUAAGAGCGUGGCUCCCACCCUCCGAAUUGACUACCGCUCCUUCCUCAACAAAAUCUGGGAAGCGAUGCCGCGCGACGAGUUCAUCGGCAUGGCCUCCGACCCGCGCUUCCUGGGCAACCCGCGCCUCAAGACGCAGCACCUGGUCGGGCUGAGCACGUGGGCGAAGACGGCCGACGACGCGAUCGUCGGCCACCACCAGCUGCGCGUCGCGCAUCAGCGGUACACGGAUGAGAGCUUCACCGAGGUGGCGGUCAAGGGCCAUGCGCACGGGACGGCGACGAUGUGGUAUGCCCGCGUCGACGGGGAGUGGCGGUUUGCGGGCGUGUGUCCGCAGAUCAACUGGACGGAGUUUGAUUACGAUCAGGUGUUUGCGGAGGGGAAGGCGCAUUUUGGGGAAGAUGGGGAGCGUGAGCAUUGAGGGAAUACAGGUUUUGUACGGGUAGAGGAAUAGAGCCGUUGUUGAUUUUCGCCAACGAUAUCCGAUUUAAGAUUGCAGUGGUGAAUGAUCAUGUGGAAUUAAUGGGGAUAGGGGCUUCUGUAAGGGAGCGAGGAUCGUACUUGCUAUACCUUCAUUGAUUUAGUGAAGCCUUAUUCUUGAAUGUGG